GAAAAGAAUGCUGGUGAGCCUUAUUAGAAGUUCUUAUAACCUAAAAUAAAAUUAUCUUUAGAUUUCUGAAAAUAUAUUACCAAUCAAUGCUUGCAUAUUAUUUUUAUUUCGUUUUUAAUGAAUUAGAAGAAUAAUAGGUUUUGCACACGUUCUAAGAUUAGAUUAGCCCAAACACCUGUGUAUUUCACUUGAUUUCAGUUCAGCUCAUCCAAAAAAUUAUUAAGCAAAUAUAUCAGAAUAAGUCUUAUCAGGAAAAAAACCCAAAUUCUGUAUGCUGAUUCUCACAGACUUGGUAAUGUUGAAGAACCGUCACAAAAUUAUCCAUAAAUAUAGAAAAAUAGUGUGUAAAUACAACUGCCAAUGGCGUAUAAAAUAGUCACUCUGGACUACCAAUAAGUUACUUAAAAAGGUACUGAGUCGUUUACUCUUUGAAUUGCUGUGUUGUAUAGAAAUCGACUAAUAUCCCCUGAGGUUUUUAUAAGCAUAUUUAAAGCUUGAAGUUUGUGGUGGAUUUAAUGUAGAUGAAACUUUAGCUUUUAAUAGCUUUUAUGACAACUUCAAAUGAUAUAGUCCUCACAGCUGUUUACAUUUUAAACAUGCCUGAACCUAAUACGGACAGUAUUAAAUACAAUAAGUGGACCUUUGAAUGUUCUGAAAUGAUAGAAUAGCUCUGUGCUAUAAAACCCAUGCAAAGCUUAAAGCUAUAGUACCCUAUUUAUGCCUCAUAUUCAAAUAAACUUAGUUUGUUUUUUCCAGUGGUAAAAUUAUGCAGAAAUCUGCACAAUUUCUGAGGAGUGCUUUGGUGUGGCAUUAGAUAUUUUAUCUGUUUAAUCAUCGUCAACAACAAUUUCUCAGGAUUCAUUGUAAAUUUUUAAGUAUUUCCCUAGAUCUAACUGGCCACUAUAGAAAAUUUCACUGGUAUAGUUUUUUCUUUGCUGUUAAGACAAUUUAUGUGUUGCUGAUAUGCUGUCAUAUGUUCAGAAAUAUGAAAGUGUCCUUUCUUCCCAAUAAAUCUAGAGUUGGAAAUUUAGUUUUUAUUAUUUAAUUUUUGGCUUUCAAUGGUCAGUUUAGGGUUUACUCUUCUUAGAGAAUUUAUCUUGGCUAAAUGUUUUAAUGGGCCUUAAGGAACAUUUUGGUAAACAGAGCCCCUCUUUUUGAAAGACAAGGAGGAAAAUUCAGUUGAAAUGGAAAUUUUAUCCUUGUUAUAUUUUUGACUUUGUUUUUUUGUUUUAAGCACGAAGAAUAAGUUAGUUUGGUUGAUUUUAGAAUCCAAUUAUAUAUUUAUUGUCCUUACUUUAAAAAAAUCUCAGCUCUGUUUUAAUAGCAAUUUAACUUAGUUUAUAUUAGCUUCAUUGUAUGUAUUGGAGUGCUUAUUACUUAUAACAAGAUCCACAUGCCUUAGCACCACACAAAAUGUGUAUUUUAAUUUGAUCUAAAGCGACAGUUUAUAUUAGACACUGUAACACUUUUGCCCCAGUAGAUUUAUAUUUUUAGACCUCUGCCACACUCAUUCAUUUUUUCAGCUCAAAUAAAAUUAUGACUAUUUAUCUGAUAAGAGACACUUCUGAAACUUGCUUCAAUAUGUAUGAAUAUUUUUGUAACAAAUAAAAAGUUGAGGAUAAUAUAAGGUUUCUUUGUGAGUGAUUAUGACGAGAGAAAGACAUUGAUAUGUUUUCUUUGAUACAUAUUUACCAUGAUAAAUAGUAAUAAAUCUGUCACAGUCUGUUGUGUCAACUCACUUUUUUUUCUUUUCGGGAUGCGGUCCUUAACCUAACACAAAGAAAAUGUAAACUGUGACGUCUGUAAUCAGAUAUUGUUUAUGACACGACUGGGGUACCGAAGCUGGUCUUCUUUUGCCGCCAUUAGGCUGGAUCUUACAGGAAAUCAGCAGAGCGAGGGGCUUGCCUGGCCCUGUUUUUGAAAAUACGGCAGCAUCUGUGGGAGGGAGAAAACAUAAGCCUGGCCCAACAUCAUGCCAUGGAUCUGGCAGGAUCCUUGAAUGUGUUUGCUCUGUGUGCUGCAGCCAGAGACCUCAAGUCACUGCAGAAGAAAGACAGUGAUAGGAUGGUGGAAGAACCAUCCUGCAGGGUCUACAGCACAGGCGCAGUGGAGAGAAGGAAGUCUGCCCCUCUGGAGAAGAGAGGCCUGUAGUUAGGGCUAAGGUGAUUUUUUUUUUAAGGGAAAGGCUGUGUGAAAUGCCAGCUAUCGAAUUGCCCACGAGAGCCCUGCUUAGUACAGCAGAACGUUUUCAUGUUCUCUCUUCAUAUUUUAGUAUGUUGCUCUUUCUGUCACAUCCCAAUUUCUUAUAGCCCUCAUCUUUUGAUGAGCCUUCAGUAAUAAAGCUUGGUCUUUCGUUGGUGCCAGAAUUUAUUUGGCCUAUCUAAUUUCUUGAAUCUACUUCUCGUAGAUUGUGAACUUCUUGUUUGCUCGAUUUCUACAUCUGGGUUUUCUUUUUUAAACCAUGUAACAUCUUAUACCUAAUAUUUUUCAACUUUACUACUCUUUCCAGCAAAUUUCUUAUCUUUGUAUAAUGUAAUAAUCAUACGUAUUGAAUCAUGAAUUCAUGCAGAGAAAUAUAUGCCACCUUAAGCCACAUAUUUGGGAAAAAUGAUCCACGAUUCCUUGAAAUUUACAUGGAAGCAUUGAAACCUGGAAAGCAAAAAAAUUUCGUAUUGCGCCAUUUAAAACUAUUUUUUCCUAGCACACAGAAAAAACAUAAACAGAAAGACAUUGUCUUUCGGAAACUUUAUUGUGCCCACCAGUAUGUACACACAUAAAGCCUUAAUCUUCUUAUAAUUUGGACUGUUUCAAAAUGAUGUACAGUUAACCAGAAACUAUUAACAAUUACAACCAUCCUACUUCACACCUUGGUGGAAUUUGUCUCCAUUUCUAAUCCGGUUUUGGAACUUUAGUGUGCUCUCACUGUCCCUUCCCAGUUGGAAUCCCUGGAACUUCACAGUUGUCUGGAAAUAAGUUUUAUCCUAAGAAAUAGUUUAUGGCCUCUCUUAUCACCAGUGAUCUUUUUUUCAAACUGCACUUUUCAGUGAAGUCCUUUUUCUCUGUCAAACUGCAGCGUUUUGUUUGUUGUUUUUAAAAUCAGGAGGAUCUGGCAAGCUUUGUGUUAAGUGAUCAAAGAUAAUUUUGGACACAUGGAUCCUAAGGGCAACAAUCUCUACCAUCAUAAAGAUUCUAAAAUAAGAUUUCGAUCCUCCAUUAGAAUUUGAGGUAUGAGUUAAUCAGGUGGAUUUGAAAAAUAAAAUCUCAGUUGUGUGUAAUCCCAGAUUUACCAGUUUUCUUAAGGACAGAAUUCUUAAAUAAAAUCUGAAACUCUGGAUGAGGCUUUCUUUUACAGAUGAGAUUAUUAGGAAUAUGAAGAAAAAGUGGACAAUGCUGAUGGCAUUAAUUGUUCUGUGUACAAAAACCUUCAUAUUUGAAGGUUUCAAACAUGAUGUUGAGUUCAUACCCUAAGAUGCUUUUAGAAAAAAGGUUUUUUCUCAAAUGCUUGAGCAAAUCACAAUUUAAAGGAGAAAUUGGUAAUGUUUUUUUCCUAAUUAGAGGCCCAGAAAUUAUAUAUGAUUGAAAAACUCAGUACUUAAAAUACAUUGCUUUCCCCCACCACUUUUGAAACUGACCAUAAGGAAAUCACAAUAAUGCUUUUUCAUGUCAACAGAAUGUUAUCUUGAGUGUUAUCUACAGCUUUCUUUAAAAUAAAAUUUAUAUUAAUUUUAAAGUGAACUAAGUGUCAGCCACCUGGGCUCCAUCCUGUGUAGGAAAGUCUAGAAGUAGCCAAUUGUGUGAUAAGAUAUAAAAGGAGGGGCCUCUUCAAGGCUCAUUCCUGGAGAGGUAGAUACUUUGUGAAAAAGUGUAACUGUAGGUGUUUACAUUCAAGUAUUAGGCUAGCUCUCAAUAGUUGAUUUAAAUUUAGUCUGCUUGUUUCCCAAUUAAAGCUAUUGAAAUAUGAAGUUUGGAUAUUAACAUUGUGCUUAUUAGUUAUGAAAAUGUAUAGGCUGGAAGAAAGCAAAGGAUAAUGCAAUUAAAUCAUACUAAAUUGGACAAAAGUAUUAUUCACACAAUUACACAGAAUAUGUAAUGUGGCACUAGGAACACCUUGAAAAUUGAGAAAAUAUUAAUCGCAAAGGAAGUAUUUUUUUGUGUGUGCACUUAACACUGAAUUUGCUAAACCAAAGGCUUCAGAAGUUCAGCGUAUACGCUUUUUUUUGAAAACCAAUCUUAUCUUCUCCCUUGUACUUAGAGGCUAGGGAGGUUCUGCUUUUUAUGAAUGGCUGGUUAUGAAACAAAUAUGGGAGAACCGCUAUAUUUAAGUUUUCAUUGGGGGUUCUUAUCCCAUUAAAUAUAUUUUCAAAAGCAUACAAGAUUCAUAAAUAUACAAGGUAUGUACCAUUAGGCACACCAGUCUUUCCGGGGUUUGCAAAAAGAUUUCUAUAUUUUUGUUUGGAAUUUUGGAAUAAUGAGGCGCCUCUUCCACUAUCCUCUCUUUCUUGAAACCCGAUCCUGCCCCUUAAAAAGAUGUCUUCUGGUGUGCAUAUUUUAAACAUAAAGUGAAAGGAAAUGUAAGGGAGAAGAAAAACACAAAAGUUAACUAUGGGUGAAAGGCUUGUGUAUUUGAGAGCUCUUCUGGAAUUAUCUUUACAAAUGAAAUGAUAUAUGCCUCAAACACUCAAACAAAACACGACCACCUUGUUUUCCCUCCACGAUAGACAUACCUUUCUUCCCAGCCACCUUUGUCUGAUUUUUCCACUCAGCAAGUGCUUCUAAGGUGGUGUGCAUGAUGUAUCUCCCCUUUCCCCUGUGUGUGUUUUUAUUUUUCACCAAGUUUUCAAUAUUUCAGCUGCAAAGAUUUAUCAGGACUUUUUUUUAAAGAUUUCAACAACUGGAACAAUAGCAUCUAGUGUAAAACUGAACUCAUUUGUUGAGAAAGGAGAAAUACAUUUCGGGGAACUGUGACGUUGACCCUUAUUUUAUCACUUUCACUGAAGUGUAUAUUUUGGUAUGAAGGCUUGGACUCUGAGUGGUUUAAUUAUUAAGAAAUCUAAGAAGCUGCUUCAAGGCUGCUUUACCUAAAGAGAAUUGUUACAGGGCUUGUCUUUAUUUGGAAAUUGUAAAAACUUGUUUUGUAGCAUCUGGCUGAACUGUGAAUUUAUUUUGUUUGUGGACUGACAGAGAUGCUUGCCUUAAUAUUGGGUUGAAUAUCCUUUUUUUAAGUUUUAACAUUUCGUCGAUUGAAACGUUGGUUUUGUUUUCUAACAUAGCGAAAUUUUCUCAUUUCCCGUCACUGACAAUUUCUGUAUUUUUCAACGUGUGUUUUCCUGGUUUCAGGCAAGUCUAAAGGUUUUGUUUGAAAGUUAUAAGUCAAAGUCAGAACUUGGAGAAGUAAAUAAGAUUCGCCCAGAGUAGGUAGCAAUAAUCCUAAAAAGAAUGAAGAGUCUCUUCAAAAAUAGCAAAGUUUUCUAUUUUCUUAAGGCAGAUUAAAUUCUGUCAGCCUCUUUGCAGACACUUGCUUUGUUUUGUUUUGUUUUUAAAUAAAUUGCACUGAAUUUUUAAACUGAACAUAAAGUUGCAUUUCAAAGAGCAGCAGGCGAUUCUCAGCCUUCAUCUCCACUGUCCCAGGGCGUGUUUGUGUACGCCAGUGUGCUCAUUUUAAAGGAAUAAGAGCUCUUAUAAAAUGCGGUGCAAAAUUUGGAGUUUUAAAGACUAAUUAUUUUAUCUCAAAACAGCAGCGUGUGAGUGCUUCCGACUCGUUCUGUUGUUGGUUGCAGCUGUUGCAUAGGUGCAGAGCUGUUUGGGGAGUUUCUGCUUUGCUUGAGGUUAAUACUCCCUCUUCAGAGAGAUGAAGGUAGUGCAGAAGACUCCGCGUUCUCUCAAAUGUCAGGGUCGAAAAUAAAGAUGAUUUAAGUCUCCGUGAGAAGUACAGAUUUCAAUUCUAAAAGAAUGUGCCAAUUAGAUUUUGAAAAGAACCUUUUAAGAAUUAUAUUUAAGUGCUUUAGCAACGCCCACUGUUGUCUCUCUUGUCUAACUUUGUCAUCUGAGGAAUUAAUUAAUCAUAAAUCUGCUAUUAGGGUUGAAACUUGAUAUAUAAGCGUUUACUUCUAGAGUAGCCAGAAGAGGAUCUGUGUGUGUAUUAAAUUUCACUAAAUUUAUUUGGAAUAUUCAGGAGAACAGAAGAAUAGGGACUUGCUUAGGGAGACCCCUUAGUAGCAAACUGUAAAGAAAUUUUUUUGGUGUGUUGUUAUAUGUCAAUUGUGUUUUCAACGAUAGUGAUUAAAAGGCAUUUCCUUUGUGAAACAUGGACUCAUAUUAGAAAGACAUGUUUUCUCAGAAAAAUGACCCUUGUGGUACAUUCCUCACACACACAUGCAAGAACUGUCACUGUCACCACUUGCUGUUACCAUCUAGGGAUUUUAGAAAAAUGCUGUUUUGGAACAAUUAUUUUUAUAUCAUCUGAGAAAGAGUGCCUAAUAGUCAACGGCAGCCUCCUCCCUCCCAAUCCAUAUCAUUCUAAAUAUGCCUCCUGGAUUAUGCUUAUAAUAAUAUUGUAAUGGCUUUCAUUCUACCGAUUGGCACGGUCUAUCAUUAUAUCAUUAGCUGCUAUGAGAAGACAGCUUCAAGUAGGUGGCUGAUUCUUAGCGAUAAUGUUUUCAAGUAACUCUGUUUGGGGAAUUCAUUUGUUUCACAGGUGCUCAGGUGUAUUAAUCCAGGGUACAAUAAUAUUUUCUGGCUUGCUCAUUAUGAAACAAACUUGAAAUACAAAAUAAUUCAAUAAUAAGGGGAGUAUAAAAACUGGGGCUUUAUCAUAAGAAAGUCUUAAUAACUGGAGAUGUUAGCAGAUGAGAUAAAAAUAAAAUUUGUCUGGGGAUGCAGCAGCACUCAUGUCUCAUGACUGCUGAAGCUGAGAUUUUAAAAGAAUGUUUAUGGCCUGGUGAUUAAGACUUGUGGAAUCAGUUUGAAUUUUUUAAACCAUUAAGCUAAGUAGAAAAUACACCUAUUUCUGUAACUGUUGUACUAUUUGAAAGUGUUGUUAUGUAAUAAAAAGGCACAAAUCCUGCCAUUUAAUACAAAGGCAUAUGCUUCAUGAGUGGAGUUUUAUCAGCAAAACCUAUGGGUUCCUCAUGUAGUGCCUCUAUAUGAAUUUUAGGUGUAGACGAGACAGUGCCCCGUGUAAUCUGUAGCUUAAUGGGCAGUGCUGGGCAAAAGAAAAUGCAAUUAUGCAUAUUUAUUAUGGGAUCAUAUAGUUGGAAUUCAAACCCCAAUAAGUGGCUAUUUGACAAACAAUGCUAUUUUCUUUUCCCGUUAAUAAAUUUCAUCAACAGCCUAGCUGUUAAGUGGAGCCCUAUAAUAAACUGGGAGCACCGGGUGGGAAGGGGGAAAGGCAUUUUCAGAAGGUUUCAUUCAUUCAUUCAUUUCUUUCUUCACUUGUACUUAUUCAAAGCAUAUUGGUCAACUAAACUCAAACUAGAUACACCAUGUACCAUUGAAGAUUUCUUUCUCUUCAAGGUACCCUUUAUUUAUAUCGUGAAGCUUCACAGUUAAGGUCCUUCCCAUUUAGGGAAAUCCUUGGUGUUGUGUCACUCACAUCUCAAUUUGUGGGAAUGGUCUUGGUGUGUCAAAGAGCAUAAUGUCUCUCCUUUUGAGAAAGUUGUGCAUUCAAGAAAUAAAAUAACGCACGCAGUGUAACACAGGGACUUUUUCUCCUUUUGGCUUAUUAUGGAGAUGCUGAGUCCCUUACUCACUUGUAGCCACCUUGAAGAGGGUUAAGGGUCUUGUUUUACGUACAUCUUUUUUGUCCCAUAGAAACCAACCUCAUUGUUUUAGGUGUAUUACUUUGAAAUAUAUUUCACUGAAUGAAUAUAGUAGUAAAAGUGGCACAGUAGGCUAGCAAUAACACUGCACUAGAAAUAAAGAAAUCUUCCUAAUUUAGUGUCUAAUAUCCUCUACUUACUCACCCAGUGGUCUAGGUUAGGUCACAAACCUAUUUCAUGGUCUACUAAAUAGGUUUAGACCCAUUUCAUAAGUGCCUGCUUAAUGAGAUGAUGCUGGUACAUUAACAACAAACCCUUAACGUAGUGCUUAUUCUGUGCCAGGCACUGAGCACUUUGCCUCUGUUAAAAAUCAUUUAAUCCUACAAAAAUCCAGUGAGAUGGGUACUUCUGUUUAUUCACGGAUAAAGAAAUGGAGACACAGAGGGGUGAAGAAACAUGGCCAAGAUCACACAGCUAGUAAGUGGCAGAGCUGAGUUUGAGCCUGGGCGAUCUGUCUCCAAGGUUUCUGUGUCCUUAACCAUGAGGCUAUUCAGAACACUUUGUGGCCCAGAAAGCUCUCUGCAACGUGGUGGUUGUUCCCUUCGCAAGUAUUUGAUGAUCUGGAAUAAGUGAAAUAUUCAGAAGUUUCAUCUCCCUGUAGAAUGACUGUCAUUACCUCUAAGUGGUGCACUGGUUAUAAUGCACAACUUCUGCCCUGGCAGAUCCGUUAGAAAGUCUAGACAAUUCAGGACAACGUGUCUGUAACAGAGACAGUAUGAUCUAGUGGUUACAAGCAUGGAAUCUGAUCAACUGGGUUUUUAGUUGCUGUGCCACUUACUAGCUACAUGGCUUUGGGCCCAUGCUAUAAUACCCUUGAGUUCUUCUCUGAAAAAUGAAGAAAUAUACAUACCUCCCAAGAAUAUUGUGAUAAAUAAAUGACAAUAUAAAUAAUGUGCUUAGCAUAGUCCUAAUGCGUUGUAAAUAUCUAAGAAAUGAUAACAGCUUAUGAUAAUAAUGAUAAGCACUGGCAAUGUUAAAAUCAGCUGCAAGAUAACUUUCUUUUGGCACUUGAGAAAAACUUAACGGUGCAGCUUACUCAAGUAGUUAGCCACAGAGUAGAAACUAAGACCAGGGUCUCAGUUGCAUGCAGAAGAAUUCUAUCUAGUGGAAGUCACUUGCUUUUUCUGAAAUUAUGAAAUAUUGCAAGUGCUUUCUGUAUCUCUUUGUCCUUACAGCAGUGUCUCUAACAGGCCAAGACACCUACUCAGCCUUUGUAAUUGUUAACUUAUCACUCGGCAAAGUUUGUGUUGAAAGUAUGUACUCCAUAUUUUUUCUUUUGAAAUGGGACAUCAGGCCAAGAUGACAGAGCUCCUCAUAAUAUGAUUCCCUCUGCCAAUAAUUUGUUUAUGCCUAAAUCAGCACUGCCUCUGCGUGAUAAGGAGAUACAUGUCUCUUCUUUCCUAAUCUAUCAGUGUCAUUCUAUGAUUGGUCAGAAGCGGGUCCUCUCGAGUGAUGCACAAGUCCAUCUUUGUGAAGUUGGCUCUGGUACCCUUGCAAAGAGAAGGUUAGGCCUGGGGUUUUUCCUUCAUCUGGCAAGAUGAAGAUGUGUUGACUAGGUGAGCUUGUGUGGCAGUUUGUUUCUCUUAUAAAGUCAAACAGUUCGAUUUGUUUAGGACUGUUUAGGUAAAUUUCUAACAUUAAACAGGAAUAUUUAUACAGGUGUUUUAAGGUGAAGUCAAAGAAUUGCUGGAUUCUGGCCUUUGCUACGUGGUAAUGUGUUUUUUCUCAAUGCCAUCGCUGAAUUCAUAAAAGUAGUUUUGCUUGUCAGCUAUGAGAAACUUAAAACAAUUUUUUGUAAGGGCUGAUGAGUUAACUCUGCAUUUAAAGGAAAAAAACAUCUGUCAAAGGGGUUAGGAGAGAGAGAGCAUGGUCUCUACCUCCCACCACGAAUGUCUUUUUCCAGCCAGUUGUCAUUUACAGAAAAACCAGGGACCACGUUAGAUUCCUUGGGAAAGGUCCUCGUUGGCUGGACCUCUUCCUUAUGGCCCCGAGCAAAGACUGAUGUUCGGUUCACAGAGACAGCAUCUUUCCCUGGGAAGCCGGAUAGAUCCGAUUGAGCCACCCCUCAUUUGUAGUCAUUGCCACCUUGUGGAUUACAAAGGAUAUUGGUUUUCAUCAAACUUCCAUUUCAAUUUGGCAUUUUAUGGCAAGUACACUUUGGCAGUGGAUUGCUGUGUUCCUCACCAAACGGAUCCUCGUUUGUUCGGUAACACCUCACUUCUCCACUCACAGUUCAUUUAUGAUUCUGAUGAGUGUUUUUUCAGGAAACACACAUUUCACUUUUUGACCUAGGAGCAUCUGUUAGAAUUUUUUUUAAUACUACUUUGGCAUUCUGAAAGUGUUAAUGUCUUUCAUAUCUGUUUAAUGCUAUUUAGGGAUAUUUAUGAUCACCUCUUGGUUACUCAGGGUAAAGUGUGUCGCAAUUUUUUUUAAACAGACAGGAAAGCAUUCACAUGAGGAAACAGAUUGCUUUAAACAUGUGCUUCCUGUGACAGUAAAAAGAACAAAUUAGAUUUAACACUGUGUAAUGAAUGCAUAAAUGUGUACAUUUAAGCUUUUAAAAGCUUUAUGUUCAGUUCUGGUCACAACAAAAAUUGAGUCACCUGUAAAAAUGAAGGAUGCCUCGGUUACUCUCAGAUUCCUGAAAUGCCCAGAAAUUGAGAUAUUCACCUGGUUGACGCUUCAUUGGAAUCAUAAAACACAUGAUAUGUUAAUGUUAGAGAGAAUGACAGCGUUACAGGGCGCAUUCAGAGGUUAAACCAGGUUAGAGUCUGAUUCUGUGUAUUUCGCAAAGAAAUCCGGAUGUGUUGGGGGACAGAAGGAGUGGAUUCCACUACCAUCUUCCUCCUUCUCUGAGGAUCAAUGAAAAAAUCCAUGCUCCUGAACCCCGAAGAGUCCCCUUUCAUUCGUGAAAGAAAAAUAAGAAAAUCUGAUGUUUAUUUACUAGCGUAUACUAAGAUUUAAUUACAUAAGAAAAAAAGACUCCUUUUCUUAUGUAAUGCAGUUUGUGCUUAUGUGUGCUGGCUGGCAGAGAGUGAAUCGAAUAUGAGUUAAUAUUUCCAGCUAGAUGCGAGUGUUGAAUUGGAGGGCAUGAAUCCUCUCCCCAGAAGAGGCUCUCCUCGCCAUUUCUGUCUGAGCCCUGCGGAUGGUGUGUUUCCUUCCCCUGUGCUUUCAAAGCUAAGGAUUUGUGGCACGCUCAACCAUCUCUCUGGCCAAGGAAGGCCAGGACAGAGUCCCUCAGGGGAGGGCACAUAGUUGAGGGACAUCUGACUCUCUUCUAUUGCAUACUGAGGUACUAAUAUCAAAAGAGACUGCUUGUCGUUGCACGGUGGGGCAGUGCUUUUUUUGGCUGCCGUGGUCGAAAUGAAAUGGGCAAGCUGUAGUCCGCUUGGCAUCAGAAUGGGCUAAGGGAAGCUGGGAGAUCAGAGUCAGACUGUGAAUGCAAGUAACAGCCAAUGGUUAACUUCCUUUUUGUGUGUCACUUGGCAGCGAUGAGACUGAUGGCGAUUUUUUUUUAACGUGGGUGAGAGUUCAGUGCCCUGGGAAGAGCCGUAGACGCUGUUAUUGUGCUUCCUCAUACAGUUGACUUGUGUUGAUUUCUUGAGGCCACUGCAGCUGUUCCAAGUGCCAGCUCCAGGAGCUGUAUACAUGGCCGUCGGACUUCGGAUGAAAAAGGUUUAUGCUCCUUCAGCAAGCACUGCCGACUACAAUAGGGACUCGCCAGGCUACCCUUCCUCGAAACCAGCAGCCAGCACUUUCCCUAGCUCCUUCUUCAUGCAAGAUGGCCAUCACAGCAGUGACCCUUGGAGCUCCUCCAGUGGGAUGAAUCAGCCUGGCUACGGAGGAAUGUUGGGCAAUUCUUCUCAUAUUCCACAGUCUAGCAGCUACUGCAGCCUGCAUCCACACGAGCGUUUGAGCUAUCCAUCACACUCCUCAGCAGACAUCAAUUCCAGUCUUCCUCCGAUGUCCACUUUCCACCGUAGUGGUACAAACCAUUACAGCACCUCUUCCUGUACGCCUCCUGCCAACGGGACAGACAGUAUAAUGGCAAAUAGAGGAAGCGGGGCAGCAGGCAGCUCCCAGACUGGAGAUGCUCUGGGCAAAGCACUUGCUUCGAUCUAUUCUCCAGAUCACACUAACAACAGCUUUUCAUCAAACCCUUCAACUCCUGUUGGCUCUCCUCCUUCUCUCUCAGCAGGCACAGCUGUUUGGUCUAGAAAUGGAGGACAGGCCUCAUCAUCUCCUAAUUAUGAAGGACCCUUACACUCUUUGCAAAGCCGAAUUGAAGAUCGUUUAGAAAGACUGGAUGAUGCUAUUCACGUUCUCCGGAAUCAUGCAGUGGGCCCAUCCACAGCUAUGCCUGGUGGUCAUGGGGACAUGCAUGGAAUCAUUGGACCUUCUCAUAAUGGAGCAAUGGGUGGUCUGGGCUCAGGGUAUGGAACCGGUCUUCUUUCAGCCAACAGACAUUCACUCAUGGUUGGGGCCCAUCGUGAAGAUGGCGUGGCCCUGAGAGGCAGCCAUUCUCUUGUGCCAAACCAGGUUCCGGUUCCACAGCUUCCUGUCCAGUCUGCAACUUCCCCUGAUUUGAACCCACCCCAGGACCCUUACAGAGGCAUGCCACCAGGAUUACAGGGCCAGAGUGUCUCCUCCGGCAGCUCUGAGAUCAAGUCCGAUGACGAGGGCGAUGAGAACCUUCAAGACACGAAAUCUUCCGAGGACAAGAAAUUAGAUGACGACAAGAAGGAUAUCAAAUCAAUUACUAGGUCAAGAUCUAGCAAUAAUGAUGACGAGGACCUGACACCGGAGCAGAAGGCAGAGCGUGAGAAGGAGCGAAGGAUGGCCAACAACGCCCGCGAGCGCCUGCGGGUCCGCGACAUCAACGAGGCUUUCAAGGAGCUCGGCCGCAUGGUGCAGCUCCACCUCAAGAGUGACAAACCCCAGACCAAGCUUCUGAUCCUCCACCAGGCUGUGGCUGUCAUCCUCAGCCUGGAGCAGCAAGUGCGAGAAAGGAAUCUGAAUCCGAAAGCUGCGUGUCUGAAAAGAAGGGAGGAAGAAAAGGUGUCCUCAGAGCCGCCCCCGCUCUCCUUGGCGGGCCCUCACCCUGGCAUGGGAGAUGCGUCAAAUCACAUGGGACAGAUGUAAAAGGGUCCAAGUUGCCACAUUGCUUCAUUAAUACAAGAGACCACUUCCUUAACAGCUGUAUUAUCUUAAACCCACAUAAACACUUCUCCUUAACCCCUUUUUUUGUAAUAUAAGACAAGUCUGAGUAGUUAUGAAUCGCAGACGCAAGAGGUUUCAGCAUUCCCAAUUAUCAAAAAACCGAAAAACAAACAAAAAAAAAAAGAAAGAAAAAAGUGCAACUUGAGGGAUGACUCUCUUAACAUAUCAUUCAGAAUGUGCAAAGCGGUAUGUGGGAGGCUGAGACCCAGCCCGGAGACUGAAUGGCAAUCUUUCCACACUGUGGAACAAUGCAUUUGUGCCUAAACUUCUUUUGGAAAAAAAAAAA